CUGUUGUGUAACCUCGAUCGGUUAGCAUUGAUCUUGAAAAGUGCGAAAGGUCUCUGGUGGGUCCUUCUGCGAAGGACUUUUGUGUGGACCACUUACAAAGGGACAAAGCGACCUUCGCUCGUUCAGCAGUCCGAUCUCUCUUUUCCAGUGGCCUUCUUUUCUCUACAUUCGCACAUGUGUUGUGGUGUAUAGAAAACCAUCAGGGCCAGGGAAGAAAGCGCGCUUUUCGGUGUUACCUACAGCAGUCAAUUAGAGUGCAAAUUAGAUUCGGGUGCCUUUUUUCGCGGGUGGGUUGUUAGUGAUUUGUUGCAUAAAGAGCAAAACAAAGCUGUAAUCAACAACGGACAAGUAAAGAAACUGGGUGUUUUGAGGAGUAGUUGGUAGUGAGCCCGUUAAGUGAACAUUCCAUCGCGCUUGAAUCAUCGAAGAAAGCAGAAAAUCCCGGUUGCGGAAAUUAUGAGAGCUCUACUUGCAUUUUUGCUGGUCGAGCUAUGUGGCUGUCUGGUUAGUGCCCUGCCGAAGGACCGCCACACGAAGGAUGUAGCUCCCGCGGCUUCUGAGCCUUUGGUCGGCCAUGCGACCAACAUCCUGACGGCCAGCCUGCUCAAGGGCAGUGUCGACUCCCCCGCCAAUCAGGUGUUCUCGCCGGUUGGAUUUGCUUCCAUCCUGGCCAUGAUCGGCGAGGGGGCCGAAGGUCAAACCCGUCAGGAGCUGUACGAUGUGCUGAAGUUUCCCGCGGCGAGGGAAGAAGUUCGCAGUGCAUUCGACGAAUCCCUGAAGCGUCUCAGUGCGCAGAAUCCAGCGAACGAACCGCAGUUCAAGAGCUGGUUCUACAUCUACAAGGACAAUACGAUCAAGCCGGACUACCGUGCCGUGCUGCAGAACAGCUACUAUGUAGAUGUUCGAGAUAUUGAACGUAACGAUUAUAACUUUGACGAGCCGAAGACUUCGCUGGGAUCGAUCGAACCGACGAUCGAGCCCUCGAUUGAUCUGACUCCGGACGAGGAAGCGAUCGUUGUGGGUCAGAUUGUUCCGUCGAAUAACAACAGUAAGGAUAUCAUCGAUUUCGAAGAUCUGAAGAUCAAAUCUGUGCCGAUUGACAAUGUGCGUUCGGACGUCGGAGUGCCGACCAAGUACGACGAAGUGGAGGACGCGGACAAUCCCAAGUUUGAUAGAAAUAUUGAGGAUAAGCAGUACGUGGAACCGACUCAGAUUAAGGAAGAAAUCGCCAAGCAGAAGGAUGAACACACGAACGAAGUGCUGGACGAACCAGUGCUGAAGGCUGCCGAAGAUCGAGUGGACCGUGUGGUGGAGGAUGCUCCGCAGAAAAUUAGUCUGUCGUUAAAGAAGCUAGAUGGUGAGGAACACGAGAUCAUGCACGCAGUGGAGAGCCAAGCCUCGAGACAGAGGUUCAACGUGAGGCGAUCGUUCCUAUCGGGAGAUGUCGCUUCGGCCUUGAGCGGUAAUUCAUUAGUCGGACGUAAAGCUAAUGCCAAAGAAGGGGAAGAUGAUCAGAACGAGUCGAAAAUGCUGUUGUUCAAUGGACUGUAUUACCGAGGAAGCUGGGCCAGCCCGUUCCAGGUGAAUUCCGAGACAGGCUUUUUCUCCGUUAACGGUCAACAAAAACCGGUAACCACGAUGCGUUCAUCGGGCAAGUUCAGCGUUGGAUCAAGUCAAGAACUGGAUGCCAAGUUCAUUCAGCUGCCAUAUAAUAAUUCGCGUUACUCGUUAAUGUUGAUGAUUCCCAACGCACCUGACGGUCUGAAGGAUUUGAUUAAGAACUUCAACUGCCAUAGUUUGAGCAGCGCUCAGAAGGAACUCAGCGAUAUGCCAGUGCAGAUCACCAUGCCCAAAUUCCAGAUUGACACUACUAGCAGAGCCGAGAAAGCUUUGGCUAAGCUGGGACUGAUCAACGUGUUCACGUCCAAGGCCAACCUCAGUGGAAUCACGGACGAACAGAAGAUUCACGUCGAUGAACUGGUUCAGCAUGUAUCGAUUCGGGUCGAUGAAGGAUCCAGCAGUGAGACGGCUCUGUCUGCCACGAACAAAGUCGAGGCAAAAACCGCUGCCACCGAAAUGGACGAAUUCGUCAUCGACAGGCCGUUCCUGUUCUUCGUGCGUGAUAUCGUCGACGAUUUGGUGAUCGUUGCUGGCAAGAUCUAUGACGUUCCGGCGGCGGAAGAGUAGAAAACAAGACUUGAAUCCUUCACAUUCUCCCUAUUGAUCUGUAAUCGUAGGCUAGUGAAGAUCUUAACAUUAACGUUUUAGUUAAGCGUCGUCUCAUCUCUUACGGAAUUGCAUUCAUCAGAGCAUUUCCCUGAGCUCACUUUUUUUCUCUGAACACAUCACACAAAACUACUACAGGAACACAACUUCGCACAUUUUUUUUUCUGAACACACAAUCAAAGCACAGCUGUAAUAUUUUCAAUUGAAGAUCUUAUCCUACAACUUCAAAGUAACGAUAGCUUUGCUUCCGGUUAGAAAACCCAAAAAAAAAUACACCGAACGCUCAAAUUUUCCCACCUUGUGCUGGAGUUUCAUAAGAUGGCGAUAAUUGGCAAAAAAAAACCAUACGAAUCGGAAGCGAGUUCGUAGAUGCGGACAUCCGAAGGCAGCAAUCGAUACACGGGAUGAAAUCUUUUCAAAAUAUGGCCUCCAGUAUUUUGGAAUUGAGUUUGGGAACGGCGAUGCCUGGAAUUGUCCGCAUACAAUCGUUCUUGGAUUUGUAGCUCGGAAUAUCAUCUGCCUUGACAUACUUGGUCACUGGUCGAUGAUUAUAAUAAGCACUGUUACUGUUUUGAUGCACCACAAGUGAUGAAUGCAGUUUUGGAAUCUAUUUUUUCUCUAAAUUUCUCGGACAAAUUAUGAACAAGUAGGUAUAAGUUAAUUUAUGUAAAUCUUAAAUUAUUUUAAAGAUUUAAGUGAAAAAAUAAACACAAUUAUAUUCAA